AUGUCGCCAACUAAAUUAGUCUUCGAGUUGACGCCCCAACUUCAAAGUAUCCUACAGCGUGAAAUUGAAGCGACCGGUCCCCGUCGGCUACAUCCCUGGCUGAGCUCCGAUACCAAAAUUGUGAACGGCCGCGAGAUCUAUGAUUCGUCAAUGGACCUACCAGACCUUGACGACCAGAAAGCAAUCUUGGCAUGGCUAGGACUGAAUGAGGAAGCAACAGAGAGAGCAUUACAGGAUUACAGAGACCACCUUGCUGGUAAUGUUCCUUUGGAAUUUGGGCCGGUUCUUGUUCAACUUGAUACACCAGAAGAAACGUUAGUCUAUAACCUUUCAGAAAUGUUUAUUUCUGGUAUUGCGAAGGAAUGGGGCUUCGACGAAGCAGAAGACUAUGAAGGAUAUGUGAAUUCCGCAGUUGAAAUCGGCUCAAAACCCGAGUUUGCAUUGUUAUGUGGACUGCAUCCAGAUCUUAAGGUCGAAGAUGGAGAAGCAGAGUACUGGUAUAGACAUCCUCCGAGGAACUAUGUGGAGGAGCUGGUGCAGUCGUAUGCUAUUCUCUUGCCCAGAUUGUGGAAGCAGAGGGCGAACGCUAGACAGCCGGAGGAAGCCGAGAAGGUAUCGGAUCAGGAAACAGAGACUUCGAAGCCAGAUCUUCCGCAAGAAGGAGCUAAAAGUGAGCAUGAAGAUGCAAAAUCCGACUCCCCGAUAGAACAUGAAGACAAAAGCCCCGAACAAUCAACGGAACCAGAGAACACUAAACCGGACCGUCCAGCUGAACAGGAAGAUUCAGUUUCGAAGCCUUCUGUAAAUCUCGUUUCCGCAGUAACUUACAAUCCUCCAUCGUCAGCUUUAGCGGUUAAUUAG